AUGUCUGACAAGGAAGCUGAGCGCUUGAGGGGCCUGCUGCAAGCUCGUUGUGGUGACAAGAACCUGAAGGUAAUUGAGCUCACAAAGUCUGGGCAUGCGCCAUUAGACCGCCGUAUCAAUGUCGCUCAGAUGCUGAAGGACUCACCUAUUAUGAAGAAACCCAAGAGACGCAACUAUGUUGAUGACUUUCAAUAUCCAUCAUUGGAUGUGCUGGAGCAGGGCUCACGGAACAUUGAGCCAAUUGCUGCAUUGGUGUCCCCAGUGUUUUGCAGCUGGGAUGCUUCAACUGGCGCAAGGAGGUUUGGCCUCGAUGGCGUUCCGGAUCCCAAAGAGGUCGGCCGGCCAGUGAUUUUGGUGGGCAAUCAUCAGCUUUUUGCCCUUGAUUUGGGACCCCUGGUGAGGGAAUUCUUGAUCGAGAAGGGCUUUUCGCCUCGAGGCUUGGCUCAUCCGAUCAACUUUCCAGAUGUCCUAACAGGCUUGAUCGCUACAAAGGUGAAAAUGGAAGAGUCAGGCAUUCUGGAUGCAAUGGGGCUGCCAUUUGAGCUCCGUGCUGCAGCGCGGGCUGUGCAGCAGGCAUCACAGUCAUCGAAUUCCAAAAGUUCAAGCGGCCCACAAGGUCCCUUUGGCCUUAGUCCGCCCACAGAGGAGACAGAUGCCGCGCAAUCUGAGCUUGGAAUUGGAGAGAAUUUUGGUGUCGGCGGCGCUUUUUCCAAAUGGGGUGCAGUUCCUGUCUCUCCUCGCAACUUUUUCCGGUUGCUGCAACGGAAAGAGGCUAUCCUUCUUUUUCCUGGCGGUGCUCGAGAAGCCUGUCAUGGGCCGACUGAGAAGUACCAGCUCUUUUGGCCAUCUCAGACGGACUUUGUGCGAUUGGCAGCUAGGUUUAAUGCUAUAGUGGUUCCUUUCGGAAGCAUCGGCAGCGCUGACAACGUUCGAAUUGUCGAGGGGAAAGAGGUCUCAGAGCAAGAUCGGAAAGGGUUUGCAGAUAUGAUGGAAGGACAAGGCAUGUCUGUAGUCUCUGAAUCCCUUCGGGAGCCACCACGCUUCAACCCGUCACCGCCACGGCUGCCCCCUGCCACUCAAACAGCGGCAGGUUUUGGAGACCGCUUCUACUAUAGCUUUGGUGAACCUGUCGACUUGGCUGACCUCGAUUCCAAAGACAAGGUGGGAUGCCAGCAGAUGUACAACAAACUGAAAGGUGAUGUGGAGGCUGAAAUCAGAUGGUUGCUGGAGGCUCGGGUUCGAGAUCCCAACCGAGACUUCCUCAAAAGACAGAUCAAAGAGCGCGUGAUGAACCUGAACCCAGUGCCAAAGGAGGUGAAAGCCGGUCCUUUGAAAGGAAACUUUAUUCGGUCUUGCGGCCGCAGAGCAGACACCUUCCCACUGGAGUGA